AUGGCAUCAGAAAAGGAAAUUAGCCCAAGUAUACAAAGUGAUCAUCAUCCAUCCUCCAAAGAAACAACUCAAACACAGCAUCAUGAAGAAAGUAAUACAUCAUUAGAUUUAAUCAAAUCUUUUGAAGAAGAACGAAUUGAACAUGUACCAGAAGGUACAGCUUCUUGUGGUAAAGCUCUUUUUAUGUUACUGAAAGCUUUUGUUGGUACUGGUGUGGUAUUUCUACCUGGAGGUUUUGUUUCCGGUGGAUUGGUAUUUUCUAUAUGUUUAAUGAUAUUCAUAGCUAUUGUUUGUUUAUUUGCCUUUCAAAUGUUGAUUCAAGCACAACGGACUGUGGGUGGUGAUUAUGGACAAGUGGCACAAGAAUUAUAUGGAAGAUGGUUACGAUAUCUCGUUCUUUUCUUUUUAUGUCUUUCUCAAAUGGGAUUUGUUGCUUCCUAUUUAAUCUUUGUAUCCGAAAAUCUAGGUCUUGUCGUAGAUCAACUUAGUCAUUGUCAUCGAGCAUUUGAAGCACCAUUAUUUAUUUGGUUGGUUCUUUUGAUUAUUAUUCCUAUCACUUGGGUACGCAAGAUUGCUCGUUUAUCAUGGAAUGCUAUUAUUGCUGAUGUAUUUAUUCUAUUUGGUCUCAUCAGCGUCAUUUAUUUUACUUCGGAUCAGAUUACCCACAAUGGACCAGGUCCUAAUAUCCGGAUGAUCAAUACUUCUGAUUUUGCCUUGAUGAUUGGAACAGCUGUAUUUUCUUUUGAAGGUAUUGGUAUGGUGGUCCCUAUUAUCCAAGGUAUGAAAGAACCAGAAAAAUUUCCACGGGUGCUUACUUUAGGUAUGAUCAUCUGUACAUGUUUAUUUGUUUUGAUUGGUACUUUGGGUUAUGUUGCCUUUGGUGAAAAUACGCAUGCAAGUGUGGUGUCAAAUUUACCUCCUCAAAAUGGAUUAUCUGUUACCGUUCAACUCUUUUAUGCUAUUGCCAUGAUCCUGACUUCUCCUUUUAUGCUUUACCCUCCAUUAAUCAUUAUAGAACGUGGUUUGUUCGGUGCUCAUCGUAGUGGUCGUUCUAAUUGGAAAUACAAAUGGGGAAAGAAUCUGGUACGUUCUAUCAUUCCAAUUAUUUGUGCUGCCAUUAGUUUUGGUGUAGGUCCAGAUGGUCUCAACAAAUUUGUUGCUUUGGUCGGUUCAAUUGCUUGUAUGCCUCUAUCAUUUAUCAUACCUGGUCUAUUCCAUUUCAAAGUCUCUAAAGGCAGAUGGAUGAAAGUAGCUGACGUCGUGAUGACUCUUUGGGGUAUUGGUAUCAUGAUUUAUACCUUGUAUGUCAAUAUCCAUUCCUGGAUUGCACCUGCCGCAUCCUCUUUUAAACCAUCCUCCAAUAUUUGUUCAUCUUAG